GAUCACAACAUGCAGUUUGAGAAUUCUGAACAUAAUCACCCGCGUCUUGUCACAUAUACAUUUCAAAGUGAUUCUGAGUUAAAUUUUUUGACUAAACAUUUUUUUUUUGUUAAUUUUUAUAAAUUAAUCGUGGUCUGUAUUAGGAAUUAAAAUGUUUAAAUUACAUUUAUUUGUUUAUUUUUAAUCUCGAGUGUCUUGUUUACACUUAAAUUAUGGAUCUUUAAAAACAAUUAGACUGAACUCUGUGAUAUUGUGCAUCGGCAUGAUUUUGACGCUGAUGUUUUGUUCAUUUAAAGUGAAGUUAGAUGUAAUUUGAGAUAUCUGUCAGUGUUAUUAGUUUGUCCAGUGUGAGAUGUGAUGAUGGAGGGUUUACAAGACAGAAGAAACUCUAAAACUGGAAGUUUUUCGAUAUCAAAAGGAUAUCCAGAGGAGCCCUGGCACAGUACUCCUGUAAAAAAGAAUCUUUUUGCUGCUAACGAGACCCCAGAUGUUUCCUACACCAGAACGAGACCAGCAGCGCUGAGUUUGCAUGAUCUCUCAAAACCAACGUCCUCUUUUUCAUUAACGCAGAAUUUCCAGACACCAGAUAAUGGGUUGGAGGCCUCCACCAUGCAGAGGCAGCGGCUGGAGCUGCAGCUUCUCAUAGCAGAAUUAAAGGACCGCGACCAGGAGCUCAAUGUCAUGGCAGCCGCCCAUCACAAGCAGCUGCUGUCCUGGGAGCAGGACCGUCAGAGAGUGCUGAUCCUGGAACAGAGAUGUACCCGACUGGAAGAUGAGCUGGAGAAGCGUAAUGAGGUGAUCAGAACUCUCAGUAGGCGGACGAAGUUGGCGGAAACGAGAGAGAAAGACUCACACAGAGAGCUCAACAGCACCCAACAGCAACUACACGAGCUGAGCCAGAGACAGAUGAACACCAGCAGACAUGAGCAGGACUUGGAGGAGAGGAACCAGAGUCUGAACUCCACAGUCCUGAUCCUGUCAUCACAGGUGGGGCAGCUGCAGGUGCGCGAGGAAGAGCUCAGCUCCAUGCUCAAGCUGAAGGAUAAAGAUGUGAUUGAGGCCACAAAUCACAUUUUAGAGCUGUCUGGUCGUCUUUGUGACCUAGAGAAAUCACUUGAAGAGCUGCGAACACGUGAGAGCAAAACGCUGCGAGAAAUGGAGGAACACAAACACCGAUUCAGAAAGAGCAGACAUGAAAACACACAACUUAAAGAUGAGCUUCAGGAAAAAACCAUUGAGAACAACAGCCAGAGAGAAGAACUCAUCCGCUUAAAGCAGGAAAACCAACUGCUGAAGAAAGAGGUCACUGCCGUUGAACUUCAGAGGAUAAAUGAAGAUAAAAGCUGGAGGGAUGAAUUACUUGAACUUUCCCGAUCAAAGCAAGCUCGAGCUGAAUCUGAGCUGGUCUGUCUGCGGCAGGUGUGUGAAAACCAACAGAAUGACCUCCAGCUGCUGAAGCUGAACUUGGAGAGCGCCAGAGAGGCACUCCGACAUCAUGAGGGUCAAAGGUCACGUGAGAGCGCAGCAGAUCUGAGCCUUCACCUGGACUGUCCCUCCUCCUGUCACCAAAGUAGGCGGAGCUCUGUCAGUUUACCCGAUUCUACAAUAAGCAUUGAACUCUGUGGCAAUGAGGAUGGCUGCAGCUCGUCCACAAGCCGUUUACAGCGUCUGCUGGCUGAAUCUCAGGAAAUGGUGGCAAGUUUGGAAAGCUCUGCCAAGAAAUCUGUCAGCCCAAUGAAAUCUCAGUGCCCCACAAACUGUGAUGCUGGUUGUCACCUCCAAAAUAACCACGGCAAUGGCCGCCACUCACCAAACCUCCACCCAUAGCCAGGAGGGCAGCCAAACAAGCAGGGAAAGUGACUCCCAGAUGAAAAGUGGCACACAUGCGUUACAAGAAAGCAAGUAAUCCAUAGAUCCACAAGAACCGGCGGAUCCCCGUUCACCAUCUCCCCGCUUCUGAAAAUAAAUCAAUUUUUGGCAACCAAAGAGUUUCGCAAAGCUAAUAACAAAUAAUUUUUACAGAUACAUUUUUAAUCAAUCUAUUUUUAUGAUAUGUGUACUAAAAUAAGCAUUAGUGAUUAAUCCCACACAAAGCACUACCUCUGAUUGGACAGAUGUAAAGACUGUUGUUUCUUUCUUGGAGUGUUAAACCUGUCCUACAAGAUGACAUAAUGGCGUUGGUUGUUUUUUUAUGUCAUUCCAGUUUUCUCUGUCAUCUAACCUGUUUGGUUUCAAAGAUAAUGAACUGUGAUGUGGCUCCAGUCUAGAUCAUUGUGUUUUACACCUGAAAUGCAGUGUAGUUCUCACAGUAAGACCAUCAGCCUUUUCAAAAGACACUGAAACACAGUAUAUUUGCAUAAUCUCAGGACAAUUAAGAGAACAAUAAAGGUCUUUACAUGCUGCCAUUGA